AUGGCCGAUAUUCGUCGAUUUUUAUUUCCAUUAAUAUUACUUAUUUUUCAAAUUAUAUUCACAUUUUUACUUGGCUUUCAUAGCGAGUAUAAAUAUUACCCAGUUUCAAAUGUUACUAAUUUUGAAGAACCACCGCGUGGUCUUGUGGAGUUUUACUAUGCUAUGUACACCGAUAUUCAUGUUAUGAUGUUCAUUGGCUUUGGAUUUUUAAUGACAUUUUUACGUCGAUAUUCAUUUUCAGCUGUUGGAUUUAAUUUUAUUUUAUGUGCUUUUACAUUAGAAUGGGCUAUAAUUAUACGUGGCUAUUUAUUCGAUUGGAGUACUACGGAUCAAAAAUUUAUAGUUGAUAUACAAAGUUUAGCAACAGCAGAUUUCGUAUCAGCUAGUAUACUUAUAUCAAUGGGGGCUGUUUUAGGAAAAGUAAAUGCUGUUCAAUUAAUUUUAAUGGCAGCUAUUGAAGUACCUAUACAAGUUGUUAAUGAAUGGAUUGGUUUACAUUUAUUUUGUGCUAUUGAUCCUGGUGAAUCCAUGUAUGUUCAUGUCUUUGGUGCAUAUUUUGGUUUAGCUGUUUCAUUUGUUUUAUUUCGUUCCAAUAUUCUUGAUAAUCCACUAGAAAAAUCACGUUAUACAUCAGAUAUAUUUUCAAUGAUUGGUACAAUAUUUUUAUUUUGUUUUUGGCCAUCAUUUAAUGCUGGUACUACAAGUGGUUCUGAUCGUCUUCAUGCUGUUACGAAUACAUAUGUAUCAAUAUGUGCUUCAGUUAUUGGUGCUUUUCUUAUGUCAUCUCUUCUUAAAAAAAAUAAACUUGAUAUGGUUCAUGUACAAAAUUCUACAUUAGCUGGUGGAGUUGCAGUUGGAACAGUAUCGGGAUCAGAUAUUGGUCUUCAUGGUGCCAUGGUUAUUGGUACACUUGCUGGUAUGAUAUCAGUUUUAGGUUUUCAUUUUCUUUUACCUCGAUUACAACGUAUACGUUUUCAUGAUACAUGUGGUGUAAAUAAUUUACAUGGAAUGCCAGGAAUAAUGGCUGGUAUAGCAGGAAUUAUUGUUGCUUCGAUUGGUACUCGUUCAGGUUAUUUAAAUCAUUUAACAGAUACAUGUCGUAGUGGUGGAAAAUCUCGAGAUAAUAGUACUCAAUCUGCAUAUCAAGCAGCUGCACUUGGACUUACAUUCGCUAUGGCUAUUGUUGGUGGACUUAUAACAGGUAUUAUAUUACGAAUACCAAUAUUUGCUCAAACAGAGAAAGAUUUUGAUGAUGAAGAAAACUGGCAUGUACCUGAAAACGAGAUUAAGAAUGAUGAUGCUGCACGUGAAAUAGUUAUGGCACGAACAGCUUUAUAA